AUGACGCUACUCAAGUCUCGCAUAGCACCCAUACUGCGUGUGCGACCGACCCUCCAACCGCUCGACAGUACGAGAACCAUCGGCAGCUCGGUCAGCAGGCGCAAUGUUGACAAUGACGCAACCGUCGCCCAGGCAUCUCACAACGACGUCAAGCUCUUGCCUUGGAAUGAAUACCUCCGCCUGAGGAAGAGCCAGAGACGCUUCAAUCUGCUAGCAUCAAUACCGACAACAGGGCUAGGUUUGGCCUCUGGCGUUGGCUACUUCGCCUCACGUGAGACCGACCCGUCAACGCUGAUCCUAGGCCUGGAGCCCGUCUAUGCCUACGCGAUAGCCACAGUAGGAUGUGUCGCUCUCGGCUGGCUGAGCGGGCCAGCGUUCGGCACGUUCAUCUGGCGAUUGACACACUCGAAAUUGAUCCAAGCCAUGGAACUGCGAGAUCGCGACUUCUUUGCCCACAUCGCCAGGAACAGGGUCGAUCCGCAUGGCCGCCAGAGUGUUUCCAAUCCGUGCGCAACACAACUUGAUCGCUUCCUUGGCUCCAUCAAGGACUAUCGUAGAUGGUUACGGGAUCAGAACGCUUUCAGGAGGAAAGCCUUACAUGGCGCAGAGGAGGCAGGCCUGUAG